AUGCAACAGCCUCUGGAUCGUAACAUAGGCAAUAAAAAUCGACAAGACGAUGCUUCUACAUGGAAUUCAAGUCAUACGAUCAACAUUUCAAUGAAUAAAAAUCAGAAUCAAUUCAAUAAAUGUCAAACUACUAGGAUGAUUCCAUCUUCUACAUCAAUACAACCGAUGAAAGUCCAUCAUCUAUCAAAGGAAGAUUGGAGACAGUCAUCGAAACUUAUACCCAAUUAUAACCGAUUGUCUCCUGAUACAUUUAAACAGCUAAUCUUAAAAAAUAUUCCUACCAUUUAUCAUGAUCAAAUUCAACAAUGUUUAGCAUGUAUUCAAUUGUUAAAAUGUGUUCAACGACUUGCUAAUUUAUGGUGUCAUUUUUUUCAAUUGAAAAUUGAAGAAGAUUAUUGGAAUUAUGUUGGCAAUUUGAACACAUCUAUCAUGGAUUGGCUAUCGGAAGAUGUCUCGAAAGAAAUAAUUCAACAACAUUCUAUUGAUUGGGAUCGUAGAAAAACAAAAUCGAAUAUUCAAUAUCAAACAACAUUAGUUAAAAAAAAAUUACAGCAAACGGAAUAUAAUAUGUUGAAGCAUUUAUGUCAA